AUGUCCAUAACAAUAGUCCUAGCAACCCCCACCAACCUGUCCACCCUCGCCACCAUAAAUCUCGCCGCCUACAGCUACUCCCUCGCCUUCCACUUUGCGCACAAAAACUGGCGCGACACCACCGCUCUCCUUCUCUUCUUCAGCGCGCGCCUCGCCAUCCGGUUCGACUCGUCUACCAGCCAAGGUCUCAAAGCAGUUGACGCCAUCUCGCAGGACGUGCUGAGCUUCAUCUGCUGGACGCGGGAGAGCGGCGAGGGCGAGAAGGUGGUGCCGACGCGGCAGAUGCUCGAGCGAAUGCCGGACACUAUGAACAAAGAGUUUGUGGAGGAGAGUGGGAAGGUGAUGGAGGAGAUGAUGGUGCAUUUGCGAGGGGAGGAACAUUAUUAUCUCUCGUCUUUCGCUGUCGCUCCAGCGCACCAGGGGGAAGGCAUCGGCUCGCAGCUCCUCCAGCACGGUGUGCAGAUGGCGGAUGAAGCGCGGCUGGCGAGCUGGCUGAUGGUGCUUCCGGGUAGCCAUGAAUUGUACAAGAGGUAUGGGCAUGAGGAUGUAGAUCAUAGGGACGUGGAUCUUGACAAGUGGGAUGCGGGGAAGAAGAGGGGGUGUGGAAUCUAUCAGAAUCGGGCAAUGAAGAGGGCGUGUAGGCCGAUCGAACAAAGUAAUGACCUUUGA